GAACCCAUUGUAAGAGCCAGUAAAUCCUGUGGAAAAUGGCCUUCAGUGAUCUUACAUCAAGAACCGUGCGUCUUUAUGAUAAUUGGAUCAAAGAUGCUGAUCCAAGAGUUGAAGACUGGUUCCUCAUGUCCUCACCUCUGCCACAAACGAUCAUCCUGGGACUCUAUGUCUAUUUUGUCACUUCUCUAGGACCAAAGCUCAUGGAGAAUCGAAAGCCCUUUGAACUCAAGAAAGCGAUGAUAACAUACAAUUUUUCCAUAGUUCUCUUUUCUGUGUAUAUGUGUUAUGAGUUUGUGAUGUCUGGCUGGGGCACAGGUUAUUCAUUUCGAUGCGAAAUUGUUGACUACUCACAGUCACCUUCAGCAUUGAGGAUGGCACGCACCUGCUGGCUUUAUUACUUCUCCAAAUUUAUUGAGCUAUUAGAUACUAUCUUUUUUGUUCUGCGUAAGAAAAAUAGCCAAGUGACUUUCCUGCAUGUCUUCCAUCAUACCAUCAUGCCAUGGACCUGGUGGUUUGGAGUCAAAUUUGCCGCAGGUGGUUUGGGAACAUUCCAUGCCUUUCUAAAUACAGCUGUACAUGUAGUCAUGUAUUCCUACUAUGGGCUAUCUGCACUGGGACCAGCCUUCCAGAAAUAUCUGUGGUGGAAAAAAUAUUUGACAUCAUUACAGCUUGCCCAGUUCAUUAUUGUCACCAUCCACAUAGGCCAGUUCUUUUUCAUGGAAGAUUGCAAGUACCAGUUUCCAGUCUUUCUGUACAUCAUUAUGAGUUAUGGGUGCAUCUUUCUGCUGCUCUUUCUCCAUUUUUGGUACCGUGCUUACACCAAAGGCCAGAGACUGCCCAAAACUGUGAAAAAUGGAAUCUGCAAAAACAAAGAUCACUGAAAUGCAAGCACGACAUGAAUCUAUGAAUGAGACUGGUAUCUUACUUUCUUUGACAAUCAAGAGCUAUUUCCAUGUGAAGUGCAUUUUGUAUAUUUUUCAAAACCAAGAGCUUGUAUUUUUAUGAUAAGUUACUGGAGUUUCUGAUAUCUGAGAGCCCAAAGAUCCCAGAUAACAGAGUCUAAUUGGAGCCUAAAGCAGGCAGUUUUUCAGCUGCUUUUAAACCUAAUAUAAAGGUUUUAUUUAAUACAUUUUGUUAUAGUGAAAGAAGAAUAUGAAACAGUAUAGUACUUUUCAAAGAAGUCCAGUAUAGAUGAAAAAAUAUCAUCAGAUAUUUUGACCAUGGACAGAGAUCCAUGCCCUACUAUAGAUUCCUUCUGCCAGCUCUGAAAACCUCAAACUGAGGGUUUUGGCUUUGUUGCUUGUUGAUUAUAUUCAGAAGACACUAUAUUUAUUCUAAAGUUAAAUGCCCAUUCUAAAGAGCUAACACUGGUGAACAUUAAGUGAAUUUUUGAUAAGUUGUCAUUUAACAUCACUAACAAAAAUUGUUAAUGGAUCUCUUGUGUAGCCACCACCAGCUUUACUGAUAAGACUUCCCUACAACAUUUUUGUUGUAUAUGCUGUUUAAAAGUAACAAUUCUUUUGGUUAGUACAUUCAUGCACUUGACACUAAGUUUAAGUUAAUAUUUUGAAAACAAGAUGAUUUGUUCUGUGGCUUAACAAGCACUGUGCUAUUACUACUUUGUAGUUAACUUUGUAGAUUUCUGGAAAGAGGUGAAAUUUGUCACUGGAAAA